AUGGACUCAUCCCUCACCCGGCACUAUAAAAAGUCUGCUCUUGCUGAAGUUGUUCAGUCUCCUCACGAACUCCACCAGACCACCACCAUGAAAUUUGCGGCUCUCGCUCUUGCCCUUCUGCUGGCUGUCGGCUCUCAUGCCGCUUCCCUGCAGGCUGAUGCACCCUCCCAGCUGGCCCACGUCCGGGCCGCUAUGGAUGUGUACCUGACUCAGGUGAAGGACAGUGCCAACAAAGCCCUCGACCAGCUCGAUGAUACUGAGUACAAGGAGCUUAAGGCCACCCUUUCUCAGCGCCUGGAGGACAUGUACAAUCAGGUUAAGACCCUGCAGGGUGCUGUUUCCCCCAUGACCGACAGCGUCGUCUCCACCAUCUCUGAUGCCACCGCUGAGUUCCGUGCCUCUGUCCUGGCUGAUAUUGAAGCCCUGAAGGCUGAUCUCGCACCCAAGCAGGUUCAGCUGAAGGAAGUCAUCGACAAGCACAUCAGUGAGUACCGUACCCUGAUGGAUCCCAUCCUCACCGAGUACUAUGCCAAGCACACAGCUGACAUGGAAGCCCUGAAGUUGAAGAUGGAGCCCAUUGUGGAGGAGCUGCGUACCAAGAUUUCUACCAACGUGGAGGAGACCAAGACCGCCCUGAUGCCCAUUGUGGAGUCUGUUCGCGACAAGCUCCAGGAGCGUCUUGAGAGCCUGAAGGCAAUGGCUAGUCCCUACGUCGAAGAAUACAAGGAGCAGCUGAAGCAGGCCUACAACCAGGCUCAGAACAUCAACGCUGACGAGAUCACCACCCUGAAGGACAAGAUUACACCUUUAGCCGAGGAAGUCAAGGCUAAGCUCCAAGAAAUCUUCGAGGCCAUCGCCGCCUCCAUCACCAAAAACUAAAUCCUCUCUGCCCUGUUCCUGUAACUAUCCUCACCUACCUAUCUGUCCUAGAUUCAUUCCACCUUUCUCUCCAUUCCGUCUUUCCUCACAUGCACAUACAGACCACCUCUCAAAAUUAAGCCGAUGCCUAACUGAUGCACUUCUUUGCAACAACGGCUGGACUCUUGCUCUCUCUCUACCAUGCAAACACCUUUCUUUGUGCGCACAUGCUCAAGCACACGUAAGCAAAGAAAUACACAGGCACAUACAUACUCAGCACACACAUGCUUUGCUCUUAGCAUGCCACAGCCAGCUGCUUACAUUUUGUGUAGGAAUUGUAUGUGAAUUGUCACAAGUGUGUGAACUUCUGUGUAAUGAUGCUUGUCUGAAAACUGUGCUUUGACGAAAUACAGCUCAAUAAACAUCUGACUGUUUAUACUA